UCAGCGCACGACCAAGACAAGAAGUUGUCAAGACAGAAGGUAUGUAUGCAGCUCUCAUAUAAUUGUCUCGAGAUCAACGUUUUGAAUUUGUACCAAUCUGGUCGAUGUUUCUAUGCUAACCGGGGAAUAACGCAGCAGAAUAUAUUUGGCAACCGUCCGUUUCCGGCGCACAGCCAAGACAAUAAGUUGUCAAGACAGAAGGAUAAAGGCGUUGUAUGUCGAAGAAGGGAGCACUUUUUCAAAGGAGUUAUCGAGAGACCUACAUCUGAGAUGCUGCCAAAUUCACGGAAACCUGGCAAAUCGCCACGCGGGAACCUUGAACCUUUGCAAAAAGUUCGAAAGGCAUGUGAAGCGAGGGGGUCUUCAGGAAUUGUACGUCUUGGAAAUACGUUUCGACUAUUUGAUGAUGAUGGGAGUAAGAGCCUCGACUUCAAUGAAUUCAAGAAAGGUCUUCGUGAUUAUGGAGUCAUGCUGAAUGAGGAUGAGGAGAGGAGCCUGUACCUAAAGUUUGACAAAGAUGGCAGCGGAAAAAUGUCAUUUGAUGAGUUUCUCAACGAGGUCAGGGGUGAGAUCUCCCCCCAUCGCCAGGAGCUCAUCAUGCAAGCCUUUAAACUGAUGGAUAAGACCAAUGACGGUUUCAUUACCAAAGAUGACCUGAAAGACGUCUACAAUGUAAAGAAACAUCCCAAAUACCUGAACGGUGAUUGGACGGAGGAGCAGUGCUUGAAUGAAUAUCUCAAAAGCUUUGAGGCGACUGGUAAUGUCGAUGGGAAGAUCACGUUUGAUGAAUGGAAGAACUACUACGCAGGAGUGAGCGCAUCGAUAGACAACGACCCCUACUUCGAUCUCAUGAUGAGGAAGUCGUACAAGGGUCUCGAAGAUAAGGCACCCCGGCACUGAGCAACUCAUUGUCUCUGGUCCACGUAUAGAAGAGCGAAAGCGAGGACUUGUAUACUCGUCCAAAAGCAAAAGGAAAAGCUUUUCUUUAAAAAUAUCAAAUAUCGCCAUCUUCUCUUAAUAGAUUAGUCAUAGAUCAUCCACGACCGACGACUUCUUCACUGAGUCAUAAUAAUAUUGUGAUAUUUCGUGUGCUGGCUCGCUGCACGCUAGAAUAUACCACGUCACGGUAUAUAGCUCUAUAAAACUGCUGCCCAUCCCAUGCAGGCAGGCAGGGGAGUUAUCGGCACAAUAUACCCACUAAUCAACCCCCCCCCCCCGAUCGAGGUUCAAAUACGGGGAUGUGACGCGCAACCCUUGGGGAACUUUUCGGUUCGACAUGUCUUGGUUGUUCUCCACGAAGUUUCACUGCUGUGAAAUCAGAGGACCCCACGCGCGGAGGACCUUCUUUUUUAGAACCUUGGGAGAGAUCUUGUGCACUGCAGUCUGUACGAAUAGCACUUGCGCUCACAUUCAUGUGGGAUCAUUGACUUGCGAAUUACCACAUUUGGCAAUGUGAUAGGCCUACAUAUAUGAGCAUGAGUACACGACCGGUGUAACAUCUGUGGUUGUUCCCCAUGUGUCAGUGUUUCCAAACAAUAGGCAGCUAGAGAGACCACGACUUUUCAAUAGGGGGGACACACAGAAAAUCUUGUCAAUCUAUUUUUGAGCGUUCCCAAACAAUGAGGGGAAACACUCAAAAACAGAAACACUCAAAAACAUUACA